GCAACAAGGGUCUUCUGCAUGCGUUGGACGUGCUGCAUGAUAGCACAAACUGCUCCAUUGCAUGGCCUGAUGUGGAGAGAAGAUGGUGCAUGCGACACUUGGGCGCGAACCUGUACACAAGGUACCGCAGCAAGUCGCUUGUAAAGAGAUUCAAAGGGCUAUGUCUUCAGAACCAGCAGGCGAAGUUCAAUGAGAUAUGGAGAGAGUUAAAAGAGACCACUCGCAAGAUGAUGGCAGACCAGCAAGCAGGGGAGGAUCAACUGCGGGCGCAAAUGGUUGGGGGCCAAACUAUCGUUAGUCGUUCACGUGGUACAUUUAGCCAGUGGAUAGCGGGGAAGCCGGCGGAGCGUUGGGCCCUUAUCCAUGACACUCAUGGUGCCAGGUACUCCAUCAUGACAACGAACAUAGCGGAGGCGUUCAACAAUGUCCUGAAGGGAGUACGGGGCCUCCCGUUGUGUGCCAUUAUUGAGCUCACAUUCUACAGAACGGCGGACUACUUUCGAGAUCGUGGUAAUGCUGCUAUGAAGUGCAGCACACGGUUUUCACCUAAGGUGGAGCAAAUCAUAUCAAGAAGGAGGAGCAAGGCACACUUUCAUCGGUCGAGGAUCUACGACUUGGCCAACAAUGACUUUGAGGUCAUGUGCCGCCAUAGGUAUGCUUCAGGGUAUAGCGCCGGGGACACCGUGCAGCAAUGUCAACUUGGACCUAACGAGGUGAAGUGCACAUGCAAUAAGCCAAAACUGCACCAUAUCCCGUGCUCGCAUGUCUUAGCCGCUUGCAGGGACAUAGGUGGCAAUGACGGAUCACAGUACGUAUCACCGUACUUCACGAUCGAUGCAUUGAGGAGCACAUGGCUUCCGAAGAUGCGGUCCUUUAACAUCGGAACCAACUACAAAUCGAUCGAGGGCCCUAAGUGGGUACCUUAUCCACAAGCACGACGCACAGAUCCUGGAAGGCCUAGAUCUACGAGGCUGCAAGGUGACAUGGAUGAAGCAGAUGCUGUUGAUGGCCUUCGCAGGUGCAAACUUUGCAAACAACCUGGACAUGACAGGAGGACUUGCCCGACCCGUCAGUAAACUAUCAGCCCACUGUCAAACUGAACUGUCUUAGAGACUUUGUAUUGUAAAAUGUUAUUCACCUGUUAGUUGUACUACUUAUUGUGCAUUAUGUGGUUUGCACUGUACCCCUUUAGACAAGAAGUGACCAUUGUAUUGUAAAUGUAAUUUUAUUUAUUUAUUUCGUGUUUCUUAAAUAUUCAUGGAUCCGUGUUUUGAUGCAGAGACAGAGCGUAGGUAGUCAGUGAGCAAGAAAUCUAUGGCGGGAUCCUCUAGUACAGGCUUUCCAUGGACACCUGCAAUGAUCGCUAUAGCACUUAAUGCCUCCUUACAGGUUGUGCGCGAAGGAAACGAUGAUCCGUUAAAGGAGAACAACAUAAUCCAAGCCGUGGCGAAAUUGCAUGCAAGACCCAUAUGUUCUAGGUUAACCGCGCCACUCCAAUGUGUAACCACCGAGGACCUUAGGGCCCUCUUGUAUCACCGGCGUCAAAUGUAUCUGAGGGUCCGCGAACUGGCCGACCAUCCUUCUGUGAUAGGUUUCUCUAGGAGGCAAAGAACGAUAGUAAUGUCGCCAGACCAGUAUGCAUCCCAUAUUCAGGUAUGUCAUAUAAACAUUUGGUCACCCUACUUAUCUUA